GUCAACGGCAUUUACUUCGCCACCUACCUGUACACCAGCGAGAUCACGUCACGUGACAAGAGCCGGACCCUGGCUUUGGCCAUCCUGGAGUCUGUCAAAGGCGCCGUUACCGCCGCGGUCUAUGUGGUCACUGGUCAGCUCAUCCAGCACACCGGGUACAACUGGCCAGCCAUUCUGUCGGCGGCCUGCACACUGCUCGCUGUUGUUCUGGCCUUCGCCCUCCCCCCUCGACCCCCACGUCCCUCUCCCACAGCUGUGACCAAGUCCAGCCCCCUCUUGCCGACCCCUGUGGAGGGCUACUGGGACAAAAUGAAGACGCCUUUCAAACAAGGUCGACAGAAAGGGCUGACUGCUCUAGUCACCCUUGCCUGCCUAGCCUUCUUCCUUGACCGUAUCUCUGACUUCAUGGUGGCUAAGGUUCGGACAUUGUACGUGAUGAACCAGCCCUUCUGCUGGAGCUCUAGUCAGAUCGGCUGGUUCGACAGCGGCACACAGAUGGCCUGUUACCUGUUCACAAUGGUCAGUGUGUGUCUCUUCGCCCGCUACCUGUCCGGGGGAGUCUCCGUGGCCAUACCAGCUGUGUUGAGCGCGGCAGGGGGCCACUGUGUCUACGCCUUCGCCACCGACGAUAUUGAGCUUUACGCAGCACCAGUCCUUGGUAUGUCGAGUAGCCUUUCAUCCUGUCUACUACGCGGGGAAACUUCACGAGCUCUGGGACCACAAGCACAAGGUCCCUGGUUCGCGGUGAUAGCUGUCAUUGAAAGUCUCAGCUUUACUCUCGGGACUCCUGCCUUAGCUGUAUACAGAGCAUCUCUAGGCUUCUUCCGCGGCUUGGUGUUCCUUAUAGCGGCCGGCCUACUGCUCUGUGAAAUCUUCUUACUGCUAGCCUUUCAGCUGAAGUGGCGAAAAUUCAUCUCUAGAAAGGGACAGACAAUUGUGGUGCCCAGUGCCACAGAAGACCCCGAUCCUAAAGAAUGAAAUCGUCAUGAUCAGACGUCAGUGGAGCCAAACAAUAAA